UUUUCGACAAGGCGGAGGGCCCACCGGUGGAGGAGUCUGACCUUGGGCAGACGAUGGAGGGAUUUGGCUAUGAGCACUUCGCAGAUGGAGCAAGAGAGAGCCAGCAGGUGGACUAUCGGAAGUUUGUGGGGGACACUCAGCCGUCAUGCUUGACUGUCCCGUCCCGGCAAGUGGAAACCCACAUCCGGCAAACUCCCCACGGCUAUGGGCAUGAAUCUGCAGCCCAGAGGUACAGCGCCACGCGGAUUCAAGCGGGUUUUAGUCCAGAGAGCAUGGCGGACUAUCUAAUCAGUGGUGGGACAGGCUAUGUCCCCGACGAUGGACUCUCAGCACAGCAGCUGUUUUCAGUCGGAGACGGCCUCACGUACAACAGAUCUGACCAACAGUGUGUUGUCUCGGAUGGUCAUACGGCUGAAGAGCUAUGCUCUAAAGGAGAUGGGUUGACUUACAACGACUUCCUGAUCCUACCUGGCUUCAUCGACUUCACCUCAGAUGAAGUGGACCUGACAUCAGCACUGACCAGGAAGAUCACCUUAAAAACGCCCCUCAUUUCCUCCCCCAUGGACACCGUCACAGAGUCAGCCAUGGCGAUCGCUAUGGCGCUCAUGGGAGGCAUCGGCAUCAUUCAUCACAACUGCACGCCAGAAUUCCAAGCUAACGAAGUUCGCAAAGUCAAGCUCAUGAGGUUUGAACAGGGUUUUAUCACAGACCCCGUCGUAAUGAGCCCCCGUCACACAGUCAGGGAUGUGUUUGAGGCCAAAGUAAGACAUGGUUUCUCUGGUAUUCCUGUCACAGAGACAGGAAAAAUGGGCGGCAAACUGAUGGGCAUCGUCACCUCCCGGGAUAUUGACUUCCUCUCUGAAAAGGAGCAUGACAAAUCUUUGGAGGAGGCCAUGACUAAACGGGAGGACUUAGUGGUUGGCACCGCCGGGGUCACACUAAAGGAGGCCAACGACAUUCUGCAGCGCAGCAAAAAAGGCAAACUCCCUAUAGUGAAUGAUAACGACGAGUUGGUGGCGAUUAUCGCCAGGACGGAUCUGAAGAAGAACAGGGACUACCCGCUGGCCUCCAAAGACUCCCGGAAACAGCUGCUGUGCGGCGCCGCCAUCGGCACCCGGGAGGACGACAAAUACAGGCUGGACCUGCUGGUGCAAGCUGGAGUGGACGUUGUUGUUCUGGACUCUUCACAAGGCAACUCAGUUUAUCAAAUCAACAUGAUAAACUACAUAAAACAGAAGUAUUCAGAGCUGCAGGUUGUGGGAGGAAAUGUUGUUACAGCAGCCCAGGCCAAGAAUCUGAUCGAUGCUGGUGUGGACGCUCUCAGAGUCGGCAUGGGCUGCGGCUCCAUCUGCAUCACACAGGAAGUGAUGGCGUGCGGGCGACCUCAGGGCACGUCCGUGUAUAAGGUAGCAGAGUACGCCAGACGUUUCGGCGUGCCGGUCAUCGCUGACGGUGGCAUUCAGACUGUGGGCCACGUGGUGAAGGCUCUGUCUCUGGGAGCAUCUACCGUUAUGAUGGGCUCGUUGCUAGCGGCAACCACAGAGGCUCCCGGAGAGUACUUCUUUUCUGAUGGUGUGCGACUGAAAAAAUAUCGAGGAAUGGGCUCCUUGGAUGCCAUGGAGAAGAACACAAGCAGCCAGAAACGAUAUUUUAGCGAGGGCGACAAGGUGAAAGUAGCCCAGGGCGUUUCGGGCUCAGUGCAGGACAAAGGCUCCAUCCAAAAGUUCGUACCGUACCUCAUAGCAGGUAUUCAACACGGCUGCCAGGACAUCGGAGCCAAGAGUCUCUCCGUCCUGCGUUCCAUGAUGUAUUCUGGGGAGCUGAAGUUCGAGAAGCGGACCAUGUCUGCACAGGUGGAGGGAGGCGUUCACGGACUCCACUCUUAUGAGAAGCGCCUUUACUAAAGGGCCGGAAUGCACUUCAUAACCAAUCUUAACGGUGACCAAAUGUUAAACCGCCACUUCUGCCAAAACGCCAUCCGCCAGGUUCACACACUUGGGUUCUCCCGUGUCAUUCCCAAUCCCUCUCUUUGUCCCCAGACCGUUGAUUUGGGCAGGAGAGGAGCUUUGUAGCAAAACGAGAACCUUCAAACUUUUCCGAACCCAAAACCUUGGACUAUACACGUUAAGGAAAUGGCACAGCAGGGAUUUUUGGAAUAACAUUUACACCUAUCCGAAGACUGUCCAACCAUAUUUCAAUUUCAUACACGAAUAGAACGAAAAAUGUGAAUCGAUGGAUGUGAGAGAACAAAGUGAAGGUACUUUUUCUGUCCAGAACAGCCGUGGUGCAGAUCGGCAGUAUCUUCCUCCGUUUUUUUGUUUUGUUUUUAGAUUUGUCCACUUCCUCUUCACACACUUUCUGCAUUUCUACGUUGUUACAGUUAAAUUAUGUUAUUCCGUUCACUCCGUACGUCUCGUUUUUAUAGAUUCGUGUUUGUUAGCUUAUCUGCAAUCAGUCCUGCUUUCCUGAUGACACUCAAACUUUCUGAGCCAAAUAACCCCGCCCCCUCUCUCUGAGUGUUCACGUGGGACCAAAAGCUUCAGAUCAGGUACAUUUAUAAGAGGAAUCACAAAUGACAAUUGAAAAUGAACUUGAAUACUUUCCAAAAAUCUUGAUUUCACUCUUCCUGGGGGCUUUGAACUUAGCAUGAAGGGGUUUUGAUAUGCAUGUUUGCUUUUUCACUCUAUUUAUAUUCCGCUUUACCUGCAUACAUACUGCCAAGUGUAUUUACACCUCUUCUGGUUUUCUAACUUAAAACUUUUGCAACUUAAUUACUUGUUUUGUUGUUUUGCGUUGAUGUUGCGGCAUACGUUCUCUGUAAUAAGUUACAUGUUUGUUUUUCACCAGAGAUAUGCCUUGAAAACAGAGAUGGUUAAACACUGCACGCUCAGUCGAAACGUUCGAGUCCACAGACAGUUUUGGUCUCCUUUUCUUAGUUGGUCGUGCAGCUUUUGUAGACGUAGGUUUUUCUACCGUUUUCAUACAGGACGUCCCGACUGUGGAUGCUGUCUUAAUUUUAGAAGCGAAGUUCCUUCUUGCGUACAAGCCGGGAGGACACAACACAGGGUUUGCUUGAAGAUGGACCUCAACUGAACUCCAGUUAAACGUAAAUGGGGGAAAAAAAUAGAAAAAUAUACACCUGUUUUCAGUUUGAGGCCACUCCCCUCUUAGAGGUCAGGUUUUGAAAUGUCUUAUUGUCAAAUACUAGGUCAUUUUUAGUCCAUCCGAAAAGCACAACUAUCAUAAUACCAGAGAUAUAUUAUUUUUGUGUUGCUCUUGUAUGAUUUUCAGCCUUUUUUUUUAACAGUUGCCAUAGUGUUGUGGCAGCUUCCACAGUCACAGCUGGCAGUUCUGUUUCUGAAUGAAUGGUGAAACACUCAGUAUUUAGUAAAUCCAUUAGAGGAUUAUGAGGAAAAUCAGAACAUGUUUACAGUGAAACAGGAAGAGGAAACUUGCUUUUGCUGUUUAUUAUGUCAAAAGAAUAAAUUAAUAUUCCAGUGU